GUUCCAGAGGCUGGAGAAAUGGAGGAGGCCUUUUUACCAAGUCCUGAAAGCGUACGAAAACGCCUCCGUGUUGCUUCCCGCCUUCUACAACACCCACAACACCGACGUCUCCCUCAGGGUCAGGUACGUCCUGGAUGACUUCCAAUCCAGGAAGGCCGUCUACUUUUUCCACCCCAAAUAUCUCACGAACGUUUCCCGCUACUGGUUGACUCAAGGGGUGCGGGCAAAGCGCAUCACCACGGGGCUGAUACUUGUGACGGCCGCCUUGGAGCUGUGUGAAGAGGUGCACCUCUUCGGGUUUUGGGGUUUCCCCAUGAACCCCUCAGGGAUAUUUAUAACUCAUCAUUAUUACGACAACGUCAAACCUCGGCCCGGAUUUCAUGCCAUGCCUUCAGAGAUGUUCAACUUUCUUCGUCUGCACAGCAGAGGGGUUUUAAGAGUCCACACGGAGGCCUGCAGCUACUCCUGA